AUGUUGAUCCAAACGGUUUUAACACUCGCCUUCGCAGCGUCAACAGCAUCGGCAGCCCUGAUGUACCGUGGCGUUGACUGGUCGUCCAUCAUCGUAGAAGAGAAGGCCGGGACCUCGUACAAAACAGCGAGCGGCACCACUCAGGCACUGGAAAAGAUACUGGCAUCGAGUGGCGUCAACACGGUCCGGCAGCGAGUCUGGGUCAAUCCGUCAGACGGAAAUUACAACCUUGCGUACAACCUUCAGCUUGCGAAGCGGGCAAAGGCCGCUGGGCUUGGGGUAUAUCUGGAUCUCCAUUUCUCUGACACCUGGGCAGAUCCCGCCCACCAGUCAAUACCAUCCGGAUGGCCGACUGCGAUUGACGAUCUCGCAUGGAGGCUGUACAACUAUACACUCGACGUCUCGAACCAAUUCCAGAGCAAUGGCAUCCAGCCGUCGAUCAUCUCCAUUGGCAAUGAGAUCACGGCUGGGCUAUUGUUCCCCACGGGGUCGACGUCUUCGUACUCCAACAUUGCAAGGUUGCUGCAUUCAGCCGCAUGGGGCAUCAAAGACUCGACCCUGAAUCCGAAGCCUCAGAUUAUGAUCCACCUCGACAACGGUUGGAAUUGGAGUACCCAACAGUACUUUUACAAGACAGUGCUUGCGGCGGGCACCCUGGCCGCGUCAGAUUUCGACAUCAUGGGCGUCUCGUACUACCCUUUUUACAACUCUGCUGCGACAUUGGCGUCACUCAAGUCGAGCCUGACGAAUAUGGCCAGCACCUGGGGCAAGGGUAUUGUGGUGGCCGAGACGGACUGGCCGACAUCGUGCCCAUCGCCAAAAUAUGCUUUUCCCAGCGAUGCCAGCAGCAUCCCCUUCUCUGCCGCUGGCCAGACCACGUGGAUCAAGGACGUAGCGUCCAUCGUGGCAGGGGUGAAGAACGGUCUGGGGCUCUUUUACUGGGAGCCAGCGUGGAUCCACAAUGCCAACCUUGGGUCAUCAUGCGCGAACAACUGCAUGUUCUCUUCAAGUGGUCAGGCUUUGUCCAGCAUGUCCGUGUUCUCGAGCAUUUGA